CCUGACGCCAUGGCUUGCUUCGCAGCGAUAAGUUUGGAGAACCUACGGGCAGUUCGAUCACUUUUGCCAAUUUUCAGUUUUGUGAGUUUUUUCUCCGUUUUUAAAGGUGAUAUCUAGCGAGACUGAAGAGUUGCGGCAUCUGCGAGUCAACGAGUUAGUGGUUUUGACAACCGAAAUUUUCGAAGGGGUUUUUUCGAUUUUCAUCUGAAGGUUUUCCAAUUUUUUACGGACCAGUUUUUCAUCCAGUUGUUUUCGACUUUUCCUAAAAAUCAUUUCAAGUAUGGCUUUCAAUGGGAAAGGAGCUAAUGGUGAUGCCUCGGAGUCUUCGGAGUCACAAGAUAAACGAAAAAUUUUUGUUGGUGGUCUGUCAUCGGAUACUGGCGAGGAGGACGUGAAGACAUACUUCGGCCAAUUCGGAACUGUUGAGUAUGUGACACUGAAGCGGGAUCCAGCCAGUGGCAGAUCGAGAGGAUUCGCUUUUGUCACUUUCUCGGACAUCUCCGCCGUGAAAGCGGUGAGCGCCGUAUCUAACCAUGUCCUUAAGAAUAAAAAGAUCGAUCCUAAACCAGCAGAGCCCAAACCGGGCGAGGAACCGGUCACUAAAAUCUUCGUUGGAGGCAUUGAUCCUAACCUAACUGAGGAAGAGUUGAAGGGCUUUUUCAGCCAUUAUGGAACGAUAAAAAAUGUGGAAUGGCCGAAAGACCGUCUGCGAGAUGGAGCCAAAAAGAAUUUUGCUUUCUUGGAAUUCGAAGAUGACAAGAUUGUCAGUGAAAUCAUCAAAAAUCCGAAGCAGAUGGUUGCUGGCAAAAUGUGUGACGUGAAGAAAGCAUUACCAUCUCAGCCGAAAACACCCGGAGCGAAUGCCGCUGGUGGUCGCUAUGCAGACUACGGAAAUCCAUAUGGAAGCUUCGGAUACGGUUAUGGUGCCGGCGGAUAUGGCGAUAGUUAUGCUUCAUAUUACGGCUCUCAAGGAUACGAUCAGAGCUACUAUGGAGACUACGGUGGCUAUGAUUAUACCGGGGGUUAUGACUAUACCGGAGCUGGCUAUGGAGCAACUGGAUAUGGCGAUGCAGGAUACAGCGCAGCGCGAGGAGCAAUGCGAGGUGCAAUGAGGGGCCGUGGCGCUCCGGGUGGAAUGGCUGGUAGAGGGAUGCCACGCCCAGGAGGAAUGGCGGGUGCGGGAGCACGUGGAGCGGCCAGAGGCUUCCAUCCGUACAGAAGAUAGAGAAGAGCGUGUUAAUUGUGAGCCACUUUGUUAUUAAUUUAUGCCAUGGUAUUUUUGUUAUCGAAUCGACGCGGAGUCGAACUUCUCAUUAGGGUAGCCAGUGGCCAAGCGCCAUGUUUUUGCACGAAUCGGAAAUGAUUUCCAUUUUAUUCGUAUUGAUUGCCGUGUUCCCUGAAAGGUCGCUGUAAUUUACCGUGGGAAUCUGCAUUCUGCAACUUUUAGCAUAAAUAUGGCUGUCUUAAAUAACUGAAUUGCUGAUUGCCUGAAUGGCAAAAAAAAACCAAAUAAAAUGACUGCUUUCA